AUGGGCCACUUUGAAUUCCGGGAAUUGGGGGCGAUUUGCAAUUAUGUGCGCAGCAAAUACGAAGAAAGAGCUGAGACAAAGGGGAAGCGGAGACGAUCAAUGAGCGAUGCGGUCACGGAGCGAAAGCAAAAGUAUGGGAAACUGCAUAAGCCGCCGACGGUACAGUCACUGCAUCAAAGACAGGACAGGCCGCGCAGUCGGCUUCAGAAAAGCAGGCCGCAGUCAAUGAUGAGCCUGGUGCAGCCCUUGCCCAAACUCUUUGUCCUGGAAUACGAUCCGUACCCGUACAAUACACAGCCAUGCCAGUUCCUCGGAGUAUUUUCAAGCAUCGAUACAGUCACGGCAGGUGCAUUCCAGCACGGCGCGUACUCAUUUUCAAGAGAGGGGUUGUUAGAUGGCUCAGAAUACCUGAGUCCAACCGGCCGCAUCAAAAUUGUUUCGCACUCGCUGCAAUCCACCGGCGUGACUGCCGCUGUGCCGGGCGAAACACCCAAGAAAGAUGGACAGCACAUGCGCCUUGAUAUCCCGCAUCCGCUCAGCCAACCAGUCCCGCGAUUUGACAGCCACCAGGACCUUAACAUGCCGAAGAGAAGCGAGGUCACUGUCUACCUGGCACUUCAUGAAAGCCCCAACGCAGCGUUUUGCAUUGGUCUAUUUACGAGCAAAAGUCUAGCUUGGGGCGCGUGCUUGAAAGACAAAGCGUGGCUCGAGUGGACGGACAAGGUGGUGGAGCAAAAGAGGGAUGUGGGGGAGAACAACCUUCCGAGGGUUGAAGGGAGACUUGUCGGAAGCGGACGGCAUGUCUGGUACGUCAAGGAGUCGAUUGUUAACGACGUGAGGAAAUGA